UUUUUUUUUCAAAAAAAGAAAAAAAGCAAAGGUUGCGAACUGCGGCGUCGGAUCGCUCACUGGGAUCGGAGUGAUGAUUUGUCGCCAAGUAAGAAGCCCCUUUUGGAAUCGAUCUUCGGCACGUUUCUUGAUAUCGGUUCAACCUUUUUCUCUUUUCAACCCCUCGUCCAAUUUGAAACACUUGAUUUACCCCUCUUCGAUCGGUGAUCGUUUGAUGCGUGGGGAAAGCUGUCUUCCUGCAGCAAGACGGGUGCGGAGAUGACUCCGAUGGGGAGACCGUUACUGGCAGACGAGGUUCUUCCUGGCUCGAGCCGGCGCAAAGUAGUUGGCACGAGAAAGACCAAAAAAAAAAAAUUAAUCGAAAUUAAGGACAAGGCAAAAGAGACACCGAAAUCAAGGCGAACACUAGUAUUAAUUUCCAAUGACAGGGUUCUGCACGUCAACCAGGCCGUGUGCGCUGCGCAUGUGGUUGAGGGUCAGCAGAGCCCCUCCGCAAGACAGCUAGCUGUAUGUAAGAUACCGAACUCGAACAGGGAAAUUCCGCGCUGGAUUGACUGGACGGGGAGUUGGCGCAAGGCUGCGAGGGAUGGAUGGGUAAUCGGCGACGAGGAUGGAGGCUGCAAUGCAGGAUUGCCUGACAACACAGUGACGCAGGAGGUCCAAAGAGGAAGGGCGCAGAGGAGCAAUCGGAGACUGGACCGAGUAAGAGAAAAGCGCGCGGAGUGUCGCAAUGGUCUAGUGCGUGUUUCGAUGUCUAAUAAGUUGCCCAGCUUGUCCUGCACGGUUACGUGGAAAAUGUACUGAAAAAAAGGACCUGCAGCCAAAAGAAAAGAAAAGUGGUAAAAAAAAAGGCCGCCAGUUGAAGUAUAUUGUCAGGAAAGGCGAUGAUCAUGCGACGGGGAAGGCGGACUGGCGGCAGGGUAUCUAUCCUUCGUUCCCGGGUUUCGGAUCGGUCCCAAACCUGUGGAUUGUUUCGACAAGAGAAUAAGAAAGUUGAAUUGAAUUGAUAGAGGAAGAGGAAGGAAAGGAGAGAGUGGGGGGGAGCUGGAAUAGAAUUUCUGGGAGACAAGAGAAAGUCGAAAGAUGUUCGACGGGUCUUCUUAAG